AUGGUUGUUGAAGGUCUUAGUAGUAGAUCUAAAGAGGGAAGAGAGGAUGAAGAAACGAUUUUCGAGGCUGAUGAGGAAACUCAACCCGCUGUGGAGUCACAAAAGAAGCCAGAAAAAGCAGUUACAACUGCAAUGGUUGAUUCCUGGUGCAAAGCAAUUAAAGAAGAAAGAAGGCUUGGUGCAAUUAGAUCUAUGUUGCGGGCCUUUCGUUUUGCAUGCCACUGCGGUGAUGACAGUGAUGUCACAUUACCAAAAUUUAGUAUCGUCUCGAGCAAUGUUUUCAAUAAAAUAAUGUUGUUUGUUCUGAAUGAAAUGGAUGGCAUUCUCCGUGGUUUGCUUGGUGCUCCAAACACUGGAGGGAGAAAGGAAACAAUUAUGGAUCUAACAACCACAAAAACCUGGACGAAACAUGGCACUUUAAUGAGGAUAUAUCUUAGCAACACACUUCACAUAUUGACAGAAAUGACCGAUGAGCAGAUGAUCUCGUUCACAUUGAAACGCGUGAAGGCAUCAGGUGUAUUUUUAGCUGCCUUUCCUACUCUCUUGAGGAAAUACAUCAAUGUAGCACUCCACUCAUGGGGCACUGGAAGAGGUGCACUCCCAAUUGUGUCAUUCCUAUUCCUAAGGGACUUGUGUGUUCGACUUGGUUCGGAUUGUCUUGAUACUUGCCUCAAGGGUAUGUACAAGGCCUAUGUGAUGAAUUGUAAAUUAUCUAAAUCUGUUUAUGUCUUCAAGUCUCACUCUUUUUUUGGUGUAAAACACAUAAGCUGGAUAUCAUGGACAUCCAUUUCCUAA